AUGCCUGUCUCCAAACGUACCAAGCUCGUGACCUUAGCCCAGACCGAUAAGAAGGGUAAGGAGAACAAGACCAGAAUCUUUGAUGAAAUCAGAUCCGCCUUGGAUUCCCACAAGUACGUGUGGAUCCUCGUCUUGGACGACGUUAGAACCCCAGUCUUGCAGGACAUUAGAUCCGACUGGGUCGGGUCCAAGUUAAUCUUGGGGAAGAGAAGAGUUCUUCAAAAGGCCAUGGGUGAUACUGUCCAGGAAGAGUACAAGGAUAACUUGCACAAGUUCUCCAAGUUGGCUACCGGUGUCUGUGGCUUGUUGUUCACGGACGAGAAGCCGGAAACUGUCCAGGAAUAUUUCCACGCCUACGUCAAGGCCGAUUACUCCAGAGCCAAGUCUAGAGCUCCUCUUGACUUCAACGUGCCAGAAGGUAUUGUCUACUCCCGCGGUGGCCAGAUCCCUACCGAGGAAGACGUCCCAAUGUCCCACUCCAUGGAGGAAACCUUGAGAAACAAAUUGAAGAUGCCAACCAAGAUCAAGUCCGGUAAGGUUACCUUGGCUGAAGAGUAUCACGUCUGCACUAAGGGUGAGGUCUUGGACGUCAGACAGGCCUUGUUGUUAAAGACCUUUGGUGUCGCCGCCUCUGAGUUCAAGGUCAAGAUGAUUGCCUACUACUCUUGUGAAUCCACUGAGGUCACCAAGUUCUAAACACCCACACCCCCUAGAAGCCCAGGUACCAUUUGUCUGCGCCUUUCUUCUUUUGUCAUAUCUAUAGCUCUCUGUACAUUAUAUACUUCUUUUCCGCAUAGCGCAUCCUGUGUCAAUACAAUUUGAUUGCUAAAAU